UUACAGUUACAUAGAGAAACUCGCCAUACCUCCAGAUACUGAAAGGAGGAAAAGAAAGAGGAAAGCGGCCCUAUAGACCGAACACAAGAUUUCUGAACUACUGAUAUUCAGGAAGUGGAUUUUGCGGUUUCCAUCACUUUAAAAAUAAGAUUGCGCCUGUAACUGAUGACAGCCAAGUGCUCCAAACUACUGACAACAUCUCACAUUUCCCCUGCUUCAUAUCUGGUCUCGUGCCUCUGCUGCCGGCCCACCUCUUGCUCAAGAGGCUGUCACCAGGCUGCUGAUGAAAGAUAGGGGCUGAGGUUGAGUAACUCCCUGUCAGUUCCUGGCUGCCCUGAUUCCCAGGUGGACAGCGAGGGGUCUGUAAGAAAAGACUGAGGAGGAAGUCGCUGCUCGGCCACCUGUCUGAAUGCCACCUGGUGAAUGGAGCCGGCAAUCCGAGCUCGAGCUCCGCCUGGCCCCGCCCCUUCUGUCUCUCGCCACGCCCACCGCCCCUACCUCUCCCUCCCCAGCUACUGCCUCCUCCUAACCAAUGGCCAAUGUCACAUUUGUGACCAGAUAACAGGUCUGGAGAUAUAGAGGCAGCCACCACUACUGCUUGUCACCACUGCUGGACCUAGGACUGCAGCCAUGCCCAGGUCAUUCCUGGUCAAGAGCAAGAAGGCUCACAGCUACCACCAGCCCAGGGCUACUGAUGGGGAGGACUACAGCCUGCAGCAGGGGGUUCUCCUGGCCCAAAUCUGUGCAGACAGUAAAGAUGUCCCCCCCGUGGAGGGCAGUGUGUCCCCUGUGUCCUCGGCCUCCCCCCCCAGCCUCUGUGACACCACAGCCUCUGAGUGUGAGGACUUCUGGAGACCUCCUUCUCCCUCUGCUUCUCCAGCUUCAGAAAGGUCUGCCUGUCCGUCCUUGGAGGAUUCUCCACCAUUUUCGUCCUCCUUCAAGCCAUACAUGUGGAGCAGCCUAGCAGGAUCAGAACUACGGCAGCUGGUGCACGACUACAGGCCCUCAGGACUGGAGAGAAGUUCUUCUCUGGGUGUCUAUGGAGAAAGUGUGCCGUCAACUCUGCCGCCACCUUUGUACAGCUCUGAGAAUCGUGUACAUGGACUCUAUGGAGAUUAUACACAGGGGGUGUCCCACUAUGGGGAUUCUCGUUCUUCCCCUACAUUGUACACCGAAAAGACUCAAGGGAUCAAGGUGGAGUCUGACCUGCUGUGUACCCGAUUGUUGCUCAACACUGGCUCAUACAAAUGCCUUAAGUGCAGCAAGGUCUUUUCUACGCCUCAUGGGCUAGAAGUCCAUGUGCGGAGGUCUCACAGCGGCACAAGACCCUUUGCCUGUGAAAUAUGUGGCAAAACAUUUGGCCAUGCUGUCAGUUUGGAGCAACACAAGGCAGUUCACUCCCAGGAAAGAAGUUUUGAUUGUAAGAUUUGUGGCAAAAGCUUUAAGAGAUCAUCUACGCUCUCCACACACUUACUUAUCCACUCGGACACAAGGCCGUACCCCUGCCAGUACUGCGGCAAGAGAUUCCACCAGAAGUCAGAUAUGAAGAAGCACACCUUCAUACACACCGGAGAAAAGCCUCACAAGUGUCAAGUUUGUGGCAAAGCGUUUAGUCAGAGCUCGAAUCUCAUCACUCACAGUCGGAAACAUACUGGUUUCAAGCCAUUUGGCUGUGACCUUUGUGGAAAGGGCUUUCAAAGGAAGGUGGAUCUGAGGAGACAUCGCGAAACGCAGCAUGGACUGAAAUGAAAGUGUCUCUUGGUCUGUGCAGGAAACCUAUGUCUUCUGAGAACACUAGGUGCACAUCAACAUGCAGAUCUGUAGUGUUGAUUCCAUGAACCACUAAUGGGGGUGGAACGUGCAAAUCAAAUCUCACCUUAGGGCCAGUCUUCCAUGAUCAAGGUCGCGAGCAAGGUCAAGAGUAUGGUAUGGUAUGUGGAUAUUGACUUGGACUGCAGAUCUUGAGGACGGAUGCAGAGAAGGAGUCGAGAUGGACUUAGGAAUUCCAAAAGGACACCUCUUAGUCUCAGCAGUUACAAUGUCUAAACCCUCAUUAAAUACAUAUUAAUGUGUGUUUAUUUUUGUAAUCUAGAAAAUAUCAAUUAUUUUUUUCCGUCAGACACAGAGAACUGAAGCAUUCCUCUGCAAUGAACUCUGACUGUCUGAUACCGAACCUUGCUUUGUUGCUGUGUUUCUUAAGUGGUUUUCUCCCGCUGCUUCACAUGUGGCCUGGGCUCAAUUUUUAAGGAAAUUGGAUGUACAAUUGGCAUCUAAGCGUUGAGGCCAACAAGAUGACAGGACCUAAUAGUUCAGUUUUCUUCUAUGUCUUCCCUAUGGAUACUGUCAAUAUCAUUGUCUGUUUGUACCAGUAGGAAGACGCCUACAAGGAUGUGAGUGUGAGGGGUUUAGCCAUCUCCGCAUCUACUGAUUAGUGUGUUGCUUCUGUUUAAAGAGGACCGGUCAGAUCUCCUCCUAACAGGUCUUUUUAGUCAUUGAAAUCAUAAUUCUGGAGCACGGUUUCGUAAAAUUUUAUGUUGCGCGGUUCCUCUGUUAUUCCUCCCUGAAAUAUAUUAAUAAAUUGACAGCUAAGUCAACGGGAUGUGUUUAACUCUGUUUAAUCAGUAUUGACACACAUGUAAAGACACACCCUAUCGACAGGAGUCAGCAGUUUUGUCCCUAUGACACUGGCUGACCUGUUACAUGUGCGCUCGGCAGCUGAAGGCAUUGGUGAAGGUCCCGUGUUCAUAUGUGUCCGCAAAUGGACCUCUAGGAGCAACGGGUGCA